CAAAGUACUUCUUCAAUUUUAUAACAAAUUUUGAUAAUUUUCUUUUUCUUUACAUCUACAAGCAUUAUAAAAAAAAAUUUAAAAUGUCAAUGAUAGCGACAAAUCUCAAAUCUCUGCUUAAAAUCAAAGUUAAAGAACGGAGUGACUCAUACACUGAUCAGUACAACCGAAUUUUUAUGGUCAAGAUAAUGUUAGCUUGUUGCAUCAUUAUGGGUAUUAGCUGGUAUAAAGAUGCAAUAAAAUGUAUUGUCACAACUUCUAGUGGUAUGGGAGACAGUGGCUUUGUAUCUCAAGCCUGUUGGAUACAAGGUCUAUAUAUAUACAAAAACCUUAUUGAUAAAAAAAACGAAGUAGCUUACUUUGGUAUUCCUAAAGACAUGGACCUAGAUGGCACCUUACAAUCUGGAGAGUUGUGUAGUACUGCAGGAAAGUUAGGCACUAAAAAUGAAAAAUGUAUGCCAAUGGAAAAAAGAUUUAUUUUGCAGUACCAAUGGAUGCCAUUUUUAAUUGGUGCUUUAUCAGCUUUGUAUUACAUACCUUAUUUGCUUCACGGAGCGGUCAAUAGAGAUAUAAAAAGUUUGCUUGAGGUAUUAAAAAGUGAUAAACCCGAUGCAGUCAAAGUUUGUCAAACUUAUUUUAACAGACGUGCUAAUCCGUAUAAAAAGAUGUUUUUAAGAAGUUUGCUCAAUAUUAUUGUCAAGAUUUUAUACAUAGUUGUCAAUUUUAUAACUCUUUUCGGUCUUAACAACGUGUUAUUUGAUAAGUUUAAUUCAUAUGGUCAAUCAUUGAUAAAAUGGUCAACGCAGUAUAGCUCUAACAAUUAUGACUAUAUGGGAACAGUAAACGACCCAACACCAGGUAAUCUUAUUCUUCCACCUUUUGGAUACUGCGAGUUAUAUGAAUCAUCAAAAGAUAUUAAGCAUAGCACAGCUAAUUCAUAUAAGUUUAUUUGCGAGUUAUCGCAAAACAUCCUCUACCAAUACUGCUUCAUGAUUUUGUGGUUUAGUAUUGUUCUUGGAAUAAUUGUCUCGUUUGUUGGAUUACUUAUAUUGAUUGUGCGUUAUGUAACGGGGAUGUUUAAAACGCAGGAGCGCAACAUGUUUGGGGAAGUUAUAAAAUCCUUAUCGAUUCGUGAAGCAGAGUAUAUGGAUAUUAUUCUGAAGAAAAGACCUGAUGUGUAUAAAGAAGUGAAUAAUUUAUUGAUGAAUGGAGACGAUUCUAUAUCAUUAAACGAAAAGUGACAAUACAAGUAAAAGAAAAUAAUGGUACGUUGAAAAAACGACGCCACGAAAUAAUUUUUUAUUAUUACCUGUUUAAAAUUUCUAUUUUGAUAAUAUUUUAAAUAAAAUUUAAUUUCAUAUAAUCUCUGAAAUAUGCUCCAAGCUACACACAUUCUACGUAUAUUCUACACGUAUUUUAACGUUGUACAAUUUAUAUUUUUUAUUCAAGAUAUGUUUUUGAUUUA